AUGGAAAAUGGAAGACGCUACCACAAAUACCACGAGGGCACAUAUCUCUAUCCCAAUGAUGAACAGGAGUUGGACCGUUUGGAUAUGCAACAUCAUAUGAUUAAACUCAUCAACGAUGGACGACUAUUCCUUGCUCCCAUACAGAACCCAAAACGAAUCCUCGACAUCGGAACUGGAUCUGGUAUAUGGCCCAUUGAGAUGGCGACCGAGUUUCCAAAUGCUCAGAUUGUUGGUACGGAUCUGUCCCCCGUUCAACCAACCGAAGUUCCCGAAAAUGUUCACUUUCUCGUGGAUGAUGCCACAGAGGAUGACUGGCUAUGGGAGCCCGAGCACUUCGACUACAUCCACACGGCACACCUGGUAGGAGCACUGCCUUCAUACAAGGAUCUGCUGCGGAAAAUCUUCAAACAUCUGAAACCGGGUGGCUAUAUUGAGUGUCACGAAUUCGAUCCCAAACCGAGAUGCGACGACGGAACGAUGCCGCCCGAGGACCCCGACAGCUUCAGCGAAUUCGCCCUGCAGGACUGGUGUGAUCUAGAAAUCCGAUCGGGUCAGAUUUCCGACCCUCCCCGGCAAUUCCGAGUAGCUCAUAGACUUGCGCGAUGGAUGAGAGAAGUGGGUUUCGUCGAUGUUGAACAAAAAAUCCAUAAAGUCCCGACGAAUACCUGGCCGACCGAUCCGCAGCUGAGAACCAUUGGUGCUUGGAGCGAAACGAACUGGCUCGAGGCCCUAGCUGGCUGGUCAUAUAAGCCCCUCAGUCUUCUGGGGUGGUCGAAACCCGAAAUUGAAGUCUUCCUCGUUGAUGUUCGAAAGAGCAUCCAGAACCGCGACGUCCACUGCUACACAGAUUACUAUAUCGUGACCGGGAGGAAACCUCACGAGGGGGAACAGGCUUCUUAG